AUGAUUCACCUAAAGGGUGACCUGCCCUUUAAAACUCAGCUCAGUGAUCUAAGUGCUUUGGCUGUUCUUCACACUGCUGUUCUCCUCCUCCUCACACACUCUUGUGGAGGUCAGCAUCGCGUGAUUGGUGCACGUCAGCCAAUAGUGGCAAUGGCUGGUGAUGACGUCAUUUUACCAUGCCACGUCGAACCUGCCAAGGAUGUUGUAUCUAUAGCUGUGGAGUGGGCGAGACCUGAACUGAAGCCCAGAUUUGUCCAUGUCAGACGAGACGGUGUGGAACUUCUGAUGGAUCAGAAUCCAUCCUACUUUGGGAGAACGUUAAUGUCCAUCAACAAACUGAAAUGUGGAGACAUGUCAUUAAAACUUUCCAAAGUGAAACUCUCUGAUGAGGGAACUUACAGAUGCUUCAUCCCAGAACUGCAAAGAGACUCAACUGUUCAGCUUCUUGUUGGAGUUGUGUCCUCCCCGAGCAUCAGCAUUACCAAAGAUAUGAGUGGAGCAGCAGUGUUUGAGUGUGAGUCUAAAGGCUGGUAUCCAGAGCCUGAGGUGUUCUGGCUGGAUGGUGAGGGAAACAUCCUCUCUGCUGGACCUACAGAGACAGUCAAAGGCCCUGAUGGUCUCUAUACUGUCAACAGCAUCGUGACUGUGGAGGAGAGUCAUAGCAAUAGCUUCACCUGUAGAGUCCAACAGAACAACAUCAACCACACACGACACACCCACAUCCAUGUUGCAGAUAAUGUCUUCAUGGUUCCAUCUUGGGAUCCUGUUCGUGUCAGCAUUACCCUAGGUGUUUACUUAAUGGGUUGUCUGGUGGUUGUCUUCCUUGUCUGGAAAUACCGAUGCAACCAGCAACAGUCUUUGUGUAAAGAAAACAUAAACACAGACAGAAAACAAGGACAAGUAACGGACAAAUUGAAGGACCUGAAGAAAGAUCUUAAAAACCAGAAACAGACUAUAGACUCCCUGCUUCAGGAGAUGAAGAACCAGAUAGAUGAGAACAAGAAGAAGCUGGACAACCCCUCCGCAUUUGACAGAGAGAGAAAACAGAAGAAGCGUGAAAGGGCCAAAGAGGCUCUAGAGAAUAGAAAGACAGAAUAUGAGGACCUGUUAAAGAUCACUGAGAGACUACUGGAGACUACAAAGGAUAUGAUUGGACAAUGA